AUGUCGGGGAUGAAGGCGUACAUCGACCGCUCGCUUGAUAUCAUCAAGCGAAACACGGUCAACACCCUGCGCAUGAACCCAAGCCCGAAGCCUGGACCAAUCUCAAUCUUCUCCUUUCACAACCCCCCUAUCACUCCGCUGUCAUCUGUAGCGACUGGGUGCGAUGCCGACAUUGGAGGCGUGUCUACAGCCGAGCUGACGAUGGUCGAACAAUCUGGCGCAGAUGAAUCAGCCGAGCCAUCCCAUAUGGCGUUCCACGGCACGCUCUCGCUCCAUGUCCCACCAGAGUUCGUAGGGCGUAUCCGCACCGGCUACGCUGCUUUCAGGAGCAAGACGCGGCCUAGUCUCUUCGGUGACGACGUAUGGAACCUCGAUCUCUACUCGCACCUGCGCGUGCGUUUGACAUACCGCGGCUGGGAGGGAUGGCGUAGCAAGUUUGUGUGCAACUUGCAGACGGAUGGCCCUGUUCGGUCGGACCUCUUCCAGCACCGCCUGGACUUGCCGUCGACUUACGCGACCAACGACCCACGCCCAGUGCCUCUGGCAACAGGCCUCAAGUUUGUAACUCUGCACCUGCCGCUCUCGAACUUUGUUCUCACAAACUCUGGUCUCGCAAGCGAGACACAAGUCGAGAUGAUGCGUCAAAAGGUGCGGACAGUGGGCUUUGCCCUGCUGGGCGGUGGACGUCAGACGGCCCCCAGCGACGCCAAAAUCCGCGAGGCGCAGCGUGGUCACCGCGUCGCUGCUGGCGGUUGGGGAACGGCUAGCCCUAGCGAGGAGAUCGAUCCAGAGAUGGCUGAGCUGCUGGCUAGUGACCUCGGGGACGCGAGCUACGUUCGCAAGCGCACCACAUCAGGUGGCAGGGCAGGCGGGUACCACCGCGUCGGGGAAUCUGCCGAGGCCUUCCUUGAUGAGGCGGAGCGUGCAGAGGCCGGCAUUGAGGAGGUAGGCGAGGCCGGAUACUACGAGCUUUGCAUCCAGAGCGUUGAGGCAGUGCGGCUUGACCCCGAGGGCGAAGUUGAGGAGAGCGACGAGUAG